CCACUUGCAUUUACUAUAGCUGCUAUAUUCAUUUAAUCCUUAUGUUGCUUUAUUAUGAAUUAAACUAAUGUAUUGUGAUUGCAUUUCUUGCUUCUUCAAAAUUUCCUUUGACUUUCUUGCAUAAAAAUGCAAUAGUCUUUGUUUAUGCUAAAUAAAAUGAAUCAAAUUCAGUGUUCUAGGUGCACUUACACUGUUUGGAGGUUUAAAACUAUUUUAAACUUUAAAAAAAUCUUUUCUGAUGUUUAAUGGUAUAGAAAACGGCUAGGUACAGCCAAUGACCCUGGUAAAGCAAGGUAAUACUGCCAUCUAGCGUUCCCAGGUAGAUUUACACCGAGUUAUUUGAAUACACUAUUAAUAUGUGGCCAUAUUAAUAGCGUGGUUUCUUCAAAUAUGGGCACAACCCCACUUUUCACACUGAUUCGUUUAUUAUUAUUUUUUUAACAAACAAUGUUCGAUGUCACAGCAGAAUUGUAAUUGAAACUCUAAACCGUCUUCAACAAAUGUCAUUUUUACCACAUCUCAAAACAUUAUGAAAACGAAAAUAUUGGUGGUGGAAAUUAUAUUUUAAUCAUUUUUGGAAUAAAUUCUUCGACUCAUUUGUUGCUAAGGCUAAUUUCAUAGCUAGCAUGCUAAAUACGCACAAAUAAAUAAUAGGCCUAGCUAUUUUCACACUUUUUGCAAUCUGAACCGAAUUUCAUCUUGAUUCGAAAUGAUACAAAUAUUCUCUUCACAAGUGAUAUUUACCUUGAUUUAUCAUGAAUUUUCUUCACACAUUUUAUCUCAGGUAGUCUGUUCUUGAUUGACUCGGUUGUCUCCUGUCCUGACUCGUAGUGUCCAAAUUGUGGUCAUUACAAACAGCGAAUUCCAAGCCAUAUAAAGUAGCUUUCGAGGUUCAAAACAAACAGUUAUAUGCAGCCUACACACAUACUUUUAAGACCCCCCUCCCUCCAAACCUCUAUGGUCACUCAGUUCAGAAGAAAGUGUAUGCGCGUGGCCGCGCCUCUCAGCGCGCGCUCAAAGGCGCACUGAAAUACCGUGUGCGCUCUUCCAGACAUCACUAAGACUGCUGCAGAGAUGCUUGGAUGAUGCAUUCUAUCGUAUAUCACAAAUAAACCAGACUAUCUUCCACGUACCGACGAAUGUUUGUUCAUUUUAAAAUAUGAUAUCCAUGGAAACGCACAAGUGAUCUUGGCAAUCCCGGUACCCUUUGGAAGUUCCAAAACAUCAAUAAUCGUUAGACGCCACAGAAAACUCGACAUGAAUGUUUCACACGGACUACUGAACCGGACGAUCUCUACAGCGAAGCAUCCUUUGGAAAGCGUCCGAGGAUGCUGCAACUUCUCGGUGAUCACCAGCGACGGGUUUGGGUCACCGAUUCAGGACGAGCGCGAUCAGUUCAUCAUGCGUUUGGUGCAGAUAGCGGUUCUCUGUGUGCUGUCACUGACAGUCAUUUUCGGCAUCUUUUUCCUAGGGUGCAAUCUACUCAUCAAGUCCGAGAGUAUGAUAAACCUGCUGGUGGAGGACAGAAGACCCUCUAAAGACGCGGAAAUUAUUAUGAUUGCUGCAUGACUUAACUGACACAAACUGAUCAUCUUUAAUAAAAGACACCUGUUGGUAUGAUUUCCAUGCCAGCUGCUAAACUAAACUGAUUUUUAUAUAGGCUAUUUCAUCUUGGACUUGAACCAUUUAAUGUGGCUGACAAUGAAGACCGGAGUCUUGAACAGUGCGUUCAAUUUUUAUUCUUAAAAGGUGUUAAAUAUUUUUCUGCAUAUUCUAUCAAAACACAUCUCCGUGAAAGCACCUGAAACAACAAGAGCAGAGAAAGAUAACCAAAUUCAUUAAUCCAGGAUGGACGAUUCCAAAUGAGAAGAAUUUGUCCCUUGUUUUGUAUCUAGAUUUAUGUUACUCAUGAUUUGCAUAUAUUGAUUCCGUUAAAAUAAUUCGAUCAUUUUUAAUGGGUUAAAGAAAGAUCAUUGUGUGUACUUGCAUGCAAAAUGGAUUAAAAUGAAAUUAAACAUGAAUUUCAUUCUGCAUUCUAAAACAUUGUUUUAGUUUCUAAAGGACGUUUUUGGAAUUUUCCUAACAGAAUUCAGGCUGAAUCAAAACAUAAUCCAGUUUACUAAUUAGUUACAUAACAUUUGUCUAUCAGGGUACAUAGCUGUCAUCACGUGCAGGUUUUUGACAAAUUCAUGAAAGAUGUCUGUAAAUAUCAGAAUGCACACGCGCGCAAAUACACAUACGCACAGUGUUGGGGGUAACGCAUUACAAGUAACUCGAGUUAUGUAAUCAGAUUACUUUUUUCAAGUAACUAGUAAAGUAACGCAUUACUUUUAAAUUUAUAACAACAUAUCUGAGUUACUUUUUCAAAUAAUAACGCAAGUUGCUUUGUUUUCCCAUGUACUGACUGACAACUCUCCUGUCGCCAUUUUGAGAGAAAUCGAGAGUAAGUGCAGAGGUGUUGUGUUUAAACAUGACGAAUAUUGUAGUUCUAGAAAAUGUGAACAUUUAUUCAUCUCACUUGCACAAAA